AUGAGAAUGAAUGUGAGCAGAACAACGGAGGCUGCAGCGAAUUUUGUGUUAACCUGAAGAACUCCUACCGCUGUGAGUGUGGGAUCGGGCGCACGCUGGGAAGUGAUGGGAAAACCUGUGAAGAAAUCGAAGGCUGUCACAAUAACAACGGAGGCUGCAGCCAUACCUGUAUUGAAGUGGAAGACACAUACCAAUGUGAAUGUCCAAGGGGACUUGUUCUGUCAGAAGACAACCACACUUGCCAAGUUCCAGUGCUGUGCAAGUCCAGCUCUAUCGAGGUGAACAUCCCAAAGGACCUGGUUGGAGGCCUGGACCUUUCCCUCAUCAACACUUCAUGCAAAGGAGUAUCCAAUGGCACUCACGUCAACAUCCAUUUCUCCUUGAAGUCCUGCGGCACUGUUGUAGAUGUAAUAAACGAUAAAAUCAUUGCCACCAAUCUGGUGACUGGCUUGCCAAAGCAGACUCCAGGAAGCAACGGGGACAUCAUUGUCCGCACCAGCAAGCUGCUGAUCCCAGUCACCUGUGAGUUCCCACGCCGGUACACCAUCUCUGAGGGUUAUGUGCCCAACCUCAAGAACUCUCCCUUGGAAAUCAUGAGCCGCAACCAGGGCAUCUUUCCCUUCACUCUUGAGAUCUUCAAAGACAAAGACUUUGAUGAACCCUACAGGGGUGCUCUUCCCACCCUCAAGCUUCGGGACUCUCUGUACUUUGGGAUUGAACCCUUGGUACAUGUCAAUGGACUAGAGACACUGGUAGAGAGCUGCUUUGCCACUCCCACCUCAAAAAUCGACGAGAUCCUGAAGUACUACCUGAUUCAAGAUGGCUGCGUUUCUGACGAUUCGGUGAAGCAGUACACGUCAAAGGACCAUCUUGCCAAGCAUUUCCAGGUUCCUGUGUUCAAGUUUGUGGGCAAAGACAACAAGGAGGUAUUCUUGCAUUGCCGCAUCCUCGUCUGUGGGGCGCUGGACGAGAGCUCUCGCUGCGCCCAGGGCUGCCGGAGACGGGUGCGCAGGUCGGCUGAGACAGAGGAAGAAGAGGAGGAGGAAUCUGAUCACGUAGCAAACCACAUCCUGACAGGCGGCCCCAUCAGAAUCAACUUUGAUGACUAA